AUGAACGACCUUACCGAGAAUGCGAUCGGCAAAUUGCUUCACCGCUAUCACCAAGCCGUGCCAUCAUCUCUGCCCGACUUAAAGUUGAAGGCAAACUUCGGCAUUGCUGCGCCUGAGAUGCCGGCACUUGUCUUCACGCAUGACGAGGAGUGGAAAGAGGCGGCGAAUGGCUUCAACGUCAAAAAAAUGAUCGACUUCCUCUCGCAGAAGGAUGUACGUUAG